CGAUUAUGGAGGGAUGGAGAUUUUUGAAUUCAGAAUAAUUUGACACCAUUUUAAACAGCUGGGUUUAAUGGGUGUGUAUAGGAGUAGCCGAGGGGACAUCUUUAGGUUGGGACAAUUGCUUUCCUUCAAGUGUAUUUUAUACUUGAGCAUCAGUAGGCAUUGUGGUCAGGACUGUGCGUUUUUUACUCUGAUAUUCAAGUUGCUGUAAAGCUGAGUAUGGUGUGAGCACGGAAAACGCUCUAAUGUAGAGCACAGGACUAGAAAACACUGAUAUGUCUAUCGAAGCGCGUGCACAAUCCGUUCCAACACACUCCAUAACGGGAUUUCUGCGCCUUUCUGAGCGUCUGUGACUGCGCAGGGCCGGAGACGGAAUACAGGCGAGGAAGCAGAUCGGGCAGGAAUACGAUGAUCGCGGACAUUCGUAAAGCGAACUCCGUGGCCAGCUGUGUUCGAGCCGAAGCAGCGAUCUACCCAGACUCCCCCGUGUCCUCGGCACCGGAGAACGGCCAGCUUCUCCUCCGCAGCGGCGCGUGCACGAGGGGCACGAGCACGAGCGCAUCCAGCGCCAACGCGGACCGAGGCAGCACGGACAGCGCCUCCGCGGCGGCUCGCGCCAUGACCUCUGGUUGCGAAUUCCCGCCGUCUGCGCCGCCCUUCGUCCCGCGUUCCGCCAAGAACCUCUUCUACAAGGUGCUGUGUUUCGCCUUGCUCGUGCUGCAGGGCGGUAUCCUGGACUUCUACCUCAUAGCGUUCACCGACCUGUACUGGUGCUCAUGGAUAGCCACGGACCUUGUGGUGGUCUCUGGCUGGGCCAUCUUCUUCGUCCGCAACGCUAGGAGCAAGCGCGAGCGAGCGUGUGGCUUCCGUCAAAAGAGCUCGCUCUUCGGCUGUCACCUGGGCGAGUUCGCAUUCGCACACCUCGCGUGGCUCGUCUACGUGAUCGCGUGCGCGCCGAAGGUGGCGCUCGUGCUGCAGACGUCUAUCCUGGAGCUUGUGGCGCGCGAGGUGCCGUUGGGCGCAGCCGGCUUUGAGGCCACCGCGCUUCUCGCAGCGCCGCUGCUCUUCUGCCUCAUUAACUCGCUGGUGGAGGAUCCGCACGGCGCGCCGCGCUACCACUCACAGAGCUGCUUCGUGAACACGUGCGUAGAUGUGCUGGACAGCUUCACGCUCGUAGAUUUGCUGCUCGUGCAAAACGAGAUCCCCAACAACGCGUACCUGAAGUACGGAGUGAUGGCGGCGUACUUCGUGGCGCUGGUUGUGCCGGUGCUUUGGCUCUACGAGCUUUCCGCUGCCUCGCGGAUGCGCUGCCGCUGGAUGUGCGCGCGUUUCCUUAGCGGCGUGCUGCUCGACGCGCCUCUGCUCGCCGUCAGAUGCUUGCUCGUGUUGCUUUACGACAUGCCCGUGUCACUUUUUAUGUUCAAGAACGUCUUUUUCUUGGCGUGCAAGUGCCUGGAGUUGGUGGAGCAGUGCGCCAGCCUGAGGAGUGUGCGCAGACUAGCGCGCGGAGGAGACCCGGCCCAGUUCUCCCACUGCGUCUCGGAGAACGACAUGUGCCCGCGCGGCUACGUUAACACGCUGGCUGUUAACACUCAGCCCUAGAUACUGCUGCUGCUGCUGUGGAACAUAAACUGGGACACGCAUUUACAGUAUAUUCCCAAGAACUCACCAUAUAACCAGCCUUAUCAAACGCCGUCGCAAGACCAACGUCCUCAACAGGUGCUACAACCAAACAAAUCGACGUGCCAGUGGAAAAAAAAGGCAGAAUCUCAAAUGGCCGCUACUCCCUAUGUGGUGUACAAGUGUUUACGUAGAGUAUGAAUUAAUGGCUUUUACACACCCUAAUGCGCCAUAUAGAUGCACAUCACGGUCUGUCUGCAGGUCACAGAAAGGCGUGUAUUUGAGUCCAUUACUAGAAUGGGAGCACCUGUGUGAGUGGGCGUGGCUUUAAGUCAGGAAUCUUGGCAUUGACGUUGUUAGCCAGUUAACCUAACCUGACAGGAUUUCUAAAUCAGGACGUUAAAUCAGUUUCAGGUAAAACUCCACUCUGAAACAACAACAACAACAAUAAUAAUAAUAAUAAUCUAAAAAUAUUUUUGUUGAAAUAUAUCUGACGUGCAAUCUCAAACAAAAGUGAUAACACUUGGAUUUUUAUUGUUAUAACAAAAAGAAAAAGAAAAAGCUUCUUUUCUCAUUCUUUUAAGAUAAAAGUUAAAACAUUUGGAACAUUAUCUACAGAUAAAAAAAAGUCUAAACCAAAUAAAUCAUAAAUCUUUUGCAAUAUAUAUAUUAAAAAAAUACGAUAAUACAGUAAUUCAUUUGUCCUGUAAUUACUGACACUUGCCAAAUAGCUAACAUAAGCUGACCUGACAGGAUUCCUUUAGGGGAAAGCUGCACUGUAAACACUAAUUAGCUAGCUGACAUGCACUCCCUUUACCGGAUCUUUCAGGGGAUUUACUAAUAUUCAUAAAUGUAGAAAUCAUAGUUUUUUACUGCCAAUGCUAGCUAGCUGGCUAACAAGCGUACUGGACAGGAUUUCUGACUGAUGAAAUCAUAAAAUACUCCUUAGUCCUGCAGUGCAUGUCUGUGAGCUUAUGUACAUCUCCAGAGACAUGUCCACUGUUCUGAGAUUUGCAGACAGAUCUACUCUCUAGCCAUGUCACAGAGAUGGUUGAUAUCGGAUGUUUGAUAUUCAGCACAGGAGUCAACGUAGUACAUAUUUUAUGUUUUGUAAUGCCUUUUUUUUUUAAAAUUUGAAUUUCAAUAUCUUUUGACCCUCAUGACAUACAAUUCUAAAACCAACUCUAAAGGGUGUACAGGAUAUUAUAUAUUUAUAUGCACCAUCCACUUUAAUAAUUGAACCUGUACAUCUGUUCAUUUGUUCAUCUGUUCAAGCUGUCCCAUCAGCCAAUCAUGUGGCAGCAGCAGCAAAAUGUAUAAAAAAAAAAAAAACUCAGCUUAAACUCUACAGAAGGUCGUGUGUGAAAAUUCCAGGAGUUUCUGAAAUACUCAAACCAGCUCAUCUGGCACUAACAACCAUGCCACAGUUAAAGACACUGAGAUCAGACUUUUUCUUCAUUCUGAUAUUUGUGAACAUUUAACCAAAGCUCCUGACCUGAAUCUGCAUGAUUUUAAGCAUUGUGCUGCUGGUGUAAAGGUGUUUCUAUUGAAGUGGGUGGUGUGUAUAUACACCAAUCAGGCAUAAUAUUAUGAACACUGAUUAUCUCCUCUUCAUGGCACCUGUUAGUGGGUGGGAUAUAUUAGGCAGCAAGUGAAUAUUUUGUUCUCAAAGUUGAUGUUAGAAGGAUUUGAGUGAGUUUGACAAAGGGCCAAAUUGUGAUGGCUAGACCACUGGAUCAGAGCAUCUCCAAAACUGCAGCUCUUGUGGGGUGUUCCCGGUCUGCAGUGGUCAGCAUCUAUCAAAAGUGGUCCAAGGAAAGAAUAGUGGAGAAUCAGAGACAGGGUUAUGGGCAGCCAAGGCUCAUUAAUGCAUGUGGAUGGUCCGAUCCAACAGACGAGCUACUGUUGCUCAAAUUGCCGAAGAAGUUAAUGCUGUUUCUGAUAGAAAGGUGUCAGAAUACACAGUGCAUGAUGGGUCAGGGCUGUUUUGGCAGCAAAAGGGGGACCAACACAAUAUUAGGCAAGUGGUCAUAAUGUUAUGCCUGAUUAGUGUAUAUGUGUAAGCUUUAUUUAUUCACUUAAAAAUUCUAAGGUAUAGUAUAUGGACAAUGUGUUGUUUGGUUUCCAUUUUACAUGCAAAAUUAGCAGUACAGUAUAUUACAGUAGCUGUGUAUACUUGCCAGAGGCACCAACUACUUCCCUUACCUUAUUUUCUUCAUAAUCCCUCUAAACACACUUAAUGACAGGCUCUAUACACAACAGGAUAGGAUAACUACGCUUAACCAUGUAAACAAGAGUUUGUUCCAUUUUUGUGCUUCAAACAAUAAUAAUAGCUAAAUAGAAACAUCCACACAAGAGUCCACACACUGUUAGACCGGUCUGAGUAAUCAUUUGAGCCACUCAUUUAGAUCUGAGACUGGAACAGAUUUCUAAUCUGGUAUAGAAAUGAGAAAACCUAAAUUUCAAUAUUGCUUGCUUACAAAAAGCUAUUUUAAACUUCAUAUGUCCAAAGUCGUGCAUUUUUGUCAUUCUUUAUAGUUGGUUUUAUCAUUGUAUGUCACAAAAUAUUGAAAUUCCACAAAAUGUAAGAUACAAAAAGAAUAUAAAAUGUGUAUUAUUCUAUUAGUCCAGAGGGUGUGCAUGAUUACUGCCAUCUAACUACAAUCUUUAUACAGUAUUCAAGUAAAGACUUAUCGAUUUCUUCACCUUGUUCAUCAUCAUGAAGCACUUUGAACUUGGUUGCCACUGACUUUUUGGUGUGGAUAUGAAACAUCUAAUAUCAAGCUAAUGUCAUGUCUUUAGCCAAGUCUAAUAGGAAACUAUAUACUCCUUUUUCCACGACUUCACCGGUUGUAAACCCUCUCUGGUGUGUGUUCAUGAUCCCAAUGGUCAUUAGUGAUGCGUGAUUCGUGGUGUUUUUGAUUUGCACUUGUAUUGUGAGGCACUUUAAUGAAACUGUGGAGAAUUUAUGAAUAUCAAUAACGGAAUGUCACAUGUGUGCUGUGGAAAAGCAUAAAAUGCACCUAUUACCGGCACAACACUCCUGACAGGGUAGUAGAUACAGAGUUACGCUAACGCUCAGUAACACAUGUAGCUCUGUCUUUCUGUAUGUGAAAACUUCCUGUUUUUCAUGAGAGUUAAGGCGAAACACUACAGAUGAAUAUGAUUAUUUUUUGUAAAGCAACAAAAAUGCAAUUUGUAAAUGCAGAAAAAUGGAUAAAAACUGUUUUAAAAAUACAUAAUGUGAUUUUUUUGUGUUUUUGCUGUAGUCAUUAUGGCCUAUAAGGUUUAUAAGGCCUUCAUCAAAGUCACAUUAUCAAGUUGCGGGUAAAAUGGCCGUGUAUGGAUAAAAACUGUGAAGUAAACAAAUAAUUAAUACAUUGUAAACUGAUUUCUAUGGCCGAAAUUGUCAUUUCUACCUGUAGUGUCUUGCCUUAAGAGUCAGUUAAGAGGAAGUCCUGCUUUACCAAAACUGCAGAAGAUUUGUAAAGUAUAGAGUGAAGUUAAAAACUUUCAGAGAACCAAUAUGACGCUCAAAACACAGGUCAAAACGGUCAAAAUCUUUGCCUACUGUUACGUAUUAGUAGAAAGGAAAUAAUUUCUCAAUUACCUCUAUUAAUGCUUCUUCACAGACAGGGUAUUUUAUUAAGAAUAUAACACAACAGUUAUGUUAUAAGGAGCUCUUAAACAUUUGAUCAAUUUAGUGUACGAAGGAAAGUGGAAAAUAACUGAACAGCUGGCAGAGACGACUACCUGCUUAAUCUGUGUUUUGGCAGCUGAUCAGAUUUGUCAGCAGGGGUGUAUCUUUGGAUGAACUUAAAAAGUAAAUCCAUGUGUAUAUUCAGCAAAGAAAGUAGGUUGAGCACCUCUCUCUGAUCCGUGGCAGGAAUCUAUAAUAGGAUCACAUGGUUUAAAAAUGGAUCUAAGCAAUGAAUUUAGACAUUAAGUCUGUUAUCAGUGUCAAAACAUACCACAUUUAGGCUCACAGGUACCUGUAAAAAAAAAAAAAAUGGUGUCGGUAAUACGUGCAAUGCAAUUAGUCGUUUAUUUUCGAUACUAAAAAUAUAUACCAUGUAACAGACAUCAUUGAACUAAUGUGAAGUAGACGUCAUCUCCCACCCAGUCAGACACAUUGUCUGUGGAUGUAUUUUAAACGCACUUGUGAAAAAAAAAGGUGUAAAAUGUUAAGUUGUAUAUUUCAAGUGAAAAGCGGUGUGUUCUUUUUAUUCUAAAAUGUCCAUGGAGGAUAUGUAACGGCCGGCGGUUGUAGAAAGAAAUACCGAGUUAAUUGUGUACAGUAUGGGCUUUGGAUGAUUCCUAAUACCUUUGGUCAUAACCACAUACUUAAGAUGGUGUUCACAAAGUGAGGAAAUACGUAGCCCCUCUUUAGACCUCAUAUCCACGAACGAGCGGCCUCGGAGCAGUAGCUGUGUCUCAUUAGUCUCCACGCAGCGCUAGGCUACCUCUCAGCACGACAACACGCUGACAACAUAUUUCAAAAUGUUCGGUUCAUGAUGUACCAGAAUAGGUCAGAGACAGGAAAUAUGAGUAGGUCUGAUGAAAGAAAUGGAAAACCCCAUGUUUUCGAACUCUUUCCAACCUACUCUGAUGCACCGCUUUUAAAAACCGGCUUGACUAGUUUAAUUAGAAAUUAGAUAACAAGCAUUUCAAUAAGGAAGUGUAGAAGUUGGUAUACACAGACGGUGUGGAAACCUUACCUACCGUAGGAGCGGAAAGAAUGUUAAAGGAACGUUGUUAAAUAUGCAGGCCGAAAGUGCAUUAUCAAAAAUGGGAUUUUUUUGUGCCUCACCGUGCAGUGUGAAUAUGUUUAUAAUGCAAAUGUAUUCCAUGUUUGGAUGUGUGUAUGUCAGCAAAAUACUACGCAUGUGAAAUUUUCAUGCCGACUUCUACUUGUGCAUACGCCUUCAGAUGUGCUCCUCUCACAAGUCCCCCUCACAAGAGUCUUUAGGGGUCUUUUUUUUGCACUAAAAAAUUCUGACAUUAUCUUGUUGGAAAAUAAAUCUUCAAAUCUUUACACCUGGGAAAAAGAAGACAGGACCACAAUUUUUGUUUGAUAUGUUUACAGUAAAUUCCAGUAAGAAAGAAA